AUGGCAAAUCUAUUAGAAGUGGCGGCGAGGAGCAGCGAAGUGUUAAGAGGACCUCAGAGUAGUAGUCUUGUCGAAGACAUCAACGGGAACACGUUCAAGAAAGUGCUGAUUGUGGGCAAGACAGGGACAGGCAAAAGUAGCCUGUGUAAUGUGGUGGCAGGCAAAGCCCACGACGCAGACCUGUUCCCAGUUUCCGCAGAGGCACAAGGGUGUACCGGCACAACCACCUUUGGCAACGUCUUUUUUAAUGGAAACAAGGAGACGCCUGUAUCCCUAAUUGAUACAGUGGGCUUCGACGACCCCGAAAGGGAUGCGGACGCCACCAUCAUCUCGGACCUCGUGAUCAAACUAAGAACCAAAUGCGAUUUUGUGAACCUAUUUGUAAUAGCUGUUAAUGGGCAAGAGCCUCGGCUAGAUGGAAGCCUCGUCGGAAUGAUUCGGGUUUUUGAAGGCAUGUUUGGUGCGAAGUUUUGGUCGCAAGCUGUGAUAGUUUUUACUCGGCUACCAAUGGAUUCACGAAGUAUCGAAUCACGAAAACGAAUCACCAAACAAACCGACGCUCAAUUGGCGGCCAAAUACAUAAGGUCCGUGCUGGAUAAGUUUCCCAGAGGGAAGGGACUCAAAUACCACAUAGUAGACUCGUGCAGAGACACUAGUAAUCGGGAGGAGGAGGAGGCCUUCCAGAAGGGAAUGCAGGAGCUGUGGAAGAUGGUGGAAGAGGCGCCACCCUUGAACACAGAAGAUGUGAAGAAGGUGGAGACAGAGUCGAGGAAACUGAAACGGGAAAUAGAAGAGAAGGAAAAGCAGCUGGCAGAAAUGGAGCAGCAGAGAAGAGAGGAGGAAGAACGCAGACAACAGGAGUUGAGUGAGAUGGAAUGACAAUUCUCGCAGCAGAAAGGAAACUUUGAAGCGAAAAACUGAAGAAGAUCGUGAUAGAAUGGAGAUGAAACACGUGGCGGAGUUGGCGAAACUGGCCGAGGAAAGAGAGAAGGUUCGGGAAAUGUUAGAGGCGAAAGUUGCAAAGCUGAAACAAGACAUGUUCAAUCAACUGCUGAAGAAACAGGCAGAAGAUGACAAGUUGCAAGAACAGUUCGACGACCAAAGCAAGAAGGACAAACAGGCACUUGAAGACAAACUGGAGAGAAUUCAGAAACAGUAAGAGGGGCUGGAGGCGAAGUUGGUAACUGAACAAAACAAUUCCAAGUUGGCGGAUCAAAUUGAGCAGCUGAAGUUGCAGCAGCAAAAGAUGGAAGAUCAGUUCAGACGAGAGAGGGCGGAGCAAGAGGCGAAGCUGAAUGCAAAGCAGGAGCAGAUUAAGAAGCAGGAGCGAGAAGUGGAGGAGAGGUUUGACAGACAGAAGGCGGAUGAGAGAGAGAAGUUGGAGGCGAGAGUGGCCGAGGCAGAGGAGAAGUUGAGACAGCAGCAGAGUGUGGCAGCUGCCAAAGCACUGGCAGAGCAGAGACAGAGAGAGGAAAUGGCCAACCAAGCUCAGUGGAAGAAGACUGCGGACACAAUGUUGAGAGGAUCAGAAGGGAAGGGCACAGUGAAGACAGCAGAGGAGAUCAGAGAUGCCUUUAUGAAUACAUACCCUGAGAGCAUUUGGUUCAUUUAUGUCAAUGCUAAAGACAGUGACUAUAGUAUCAAGUGUAAAGAUUGAGUGGGUGAGACAGCAGAGUGGAAGAACAAGACAGAGUACCCCUACAACAUGCACAUCUACACUGUCCCAUUCUCAGACUACAAUUACGUAGAAACAACUGAUGAGGAGAGGGAGAAGGCAAAGAGUGUGAUGGAAAGUGUGUUGUCUGAUAUGGAGAGUAGAGUGGGUAUGACGUCACAGAAGAUGAGGGAUGAGCUCAUCACCCGUCUGGGCAGAAGUGGACUCAAGUGGAUGUAUGUUAGAGUGGGGAGAGGAGGUGGAU